AUGAUGCAAUCCUGCUCUGCCCUUCCACAUGUUCCGCAAAUGUGCUCCAUAAGCCUCAGUCCCCUGCGCACCAAACGACGUGUUGACCACGAACGCCACGCUUCCGAAGUACUACAACGUCCACGGCCCAUGAGUGUCGCGUCACAUGCACCGAUGCAGCAUACCAAGAGAGCUUCCAUAUACGUGUCUGACGCCUCCAUCAUUCUCGCCCAAAGAGCGCCCAUGGUCUCUCCAACCUCACAGCAGGGCGCAUUGGCGUCGCCUAGCAACGAGACCUUGGAUGUCGACCAUUAUGCAAUUCUCGAGCUGGAUCCACAUGCAACCACCGAGGACAUCAAAGCCGCCUAUCGUCGACUGCGAGCAGUGUAUUUCCAAAGCGAUGCCAAGAAAUACCGCGCGUUGCAGGCAGCUUUCGACACUCUCCUGGACCCGGAAGCGCGCCAAGUCUACGAUUCAAGUUACGCAGCACGUGCAUCCUCGCUAGAAGGCUCGGAUCCAAAACACGAGCGGAAAGAUAGUGUGACUGGGACCGAUGGUGGAAUUGCCACCGUGCUUGAAGAGGAGGACGAGGAUGCUACUACAUGCGCACGCACUGAGGACCCGAAUUGGGCGUUGAAACGACAUCAACGACUGUACGCUCCUCUGAUUGGUACUCGGCCAUAUUGGUCGUAUGUCCCAAUGUCUACUGCGUACGACUUCAAAAAUCCGAAGCGAUCCAAUUGCCAUAGACCAACGUAUGUCGGGCGACUAGCGACCAUGUCAUUACCCAAUUGA